GAAAAUUUAAUCCUUUCCUACUACAAACAUCAGAGAGAAAGGAAAAAGGGUUCCAAAAAGUCACUGUGAGGUAUUGUGAAAAUGGGUAAUUUUUUCUCUAAACAGAUGGAAAGAAGAAAAGCAAUCAGUACUCAGAAGAAACUUCUUUGUGAUCUCAAGGAAAAAGAUAGCAACGAAUUCCCUGGUUGUGAUCAUUGCGGAGAAGACAGAAAAAAUUGGAUGUCAACACUCGCCCUCGAUAAACUCCACUUGAAUAAGAUCGUUUGGCCUGGUACACAUGAUUCAGCAACUAACAAAAUCGGGAUCCCAUUUAUUUCUCGCCCUUUUGCACGAACACAAUCUCUGUCUAUUUACAAACAACUGGUAAUGGGCACCCGAGUUCUUGACAUCAGAGUUCAAAAAGAUGGUCGUGUCUGUCAUGGUAUUCUAGUUUCUUACAACAUUGAUGUUGUUAUCAACGACGUCAAGAAAUUCCUGUCGGAGACCCAAUCGGAGAUCAUAAUUCUCGAGAUCCGAACAGAGUUCGGACACGAUGAUCCACCAGAAUUCGACAAGUACUUAGAGAAUCAAUUGGGGGAAUUUCUUAUCCACCAAGACGACUCUGUUUUCAACAAGACAGUAGCAGAGUUAUUGCCGAAAAGAGCAAUAUGUGUUUGGAAACCAAGAAAAUCACCUCAGCCAAAACAUGGAAGUCCAUUGUGGAGCGCUGGGUAUUUAAAGGACAAUUGGAUUGACACUGAUUUGCCUGAAACGAAAUUUGAGAGCAAUAUGAAGCAUAUGGGUGAGCAGCCACCGGUGACAUCCCGGAAAUAUUUUUACAGAGUGGAGAAUACGGUGACGCCUCAGGCGGAUAAUCCGGUGUUGUGUGUGAAACCGGUGACGAAUCGGAUUCGUCCACAUGCAAGGUUGUUUAUAAAGGAGAGUAUUUGUCGAGGUUAUGGUGAUCGAUUACAAAUAUAUUCUACAGAUUUCAUUGAUGAAGAUUUUGUUGAUGCUUGUAUUGGGCUUACAAAUGCAAGGAUUGAAGGCAAACUCUGAUGUGAAGGUCCUAUUCUUUCCUAUUACAAUUUACACGUUUCCUUCAAGAAUAUGAGAAUUAUCGGGUUGAUUUCUUUGAACAUCAUUCAACAAAGGAAGUGAUUUUCUGAAAUAGUAAUUAUAUGUUGAGUGGCCAUUUUACAAGUCAACUCGAGAAUUAUCAAUUGUGUGUAAAUGUUCAGUGUAUUUAUCAGAUUCAUGUGUGUAUUGUUUAGUUACCACUUGUUACUUUGUAAAAAUUAUUUGGUUUGGAAUUUGAGAUUUUAUAUGUAGUGAAAUUGUGUGUAAGCGAAAUUAUAGAUAAGUUGUAUUGAAAUUUACAUUGUUUGGAAGGAUAUGUAUUUUACAAUUUA